UAAAUUGGUUGUGAUUGGCUACAUCGAAAAAGGUCUCCUGAUAUAGUUCCGUUAGUAGUCCGCGAUGGAUAGGAAGGGUUUCAUUCCUAUUGCAAACCUUUACCCUUCUAGCCAUUCACAUCGCGACCUAUGACGUGGGGAGCGGUACACUCCACCCUGGGGACCCUAUCUCUAAUGCAAGGUGAACGAUAGCACGUCCGGCUGGUCUCCGAUGCAAACCAAAACUCUACUGGACUCCACCGGAGCCGACGGUCGCCUUAUAAAAAUGCAUUCCUACCUAAAGCUUCGGUAUUCCUGCCGAGGGAUACUAAAGGUCUUAGUUGAUAAUAUACCAAAUAUUAUAGUAGGACAGGAAAUUCAACUUAAGACACUUUAUUAAUUUACUAUGGAUCAUCACCCUUCGCGCCCCUUGCCAGAUGGGGAUUUCUAUCGUGACCCAGGCGCAGAAACUCCGUAUACGAGUCUAGGCCUGGAAACGGGUGCUUUCCCUUCCGUGGUCGCUUCGCCUGACCCUUUAUUAGGAUCUUCUCGCGACAGCUAUUUCUCCUUGGACCGCAAGGCCCUCGAGCAGGCUCUUAGCCAGACAACGGAUGGGAGUCGGAGUAGCCAGAUCGAGGUCCAGCUGCAGACGCGUGACAUCACUGAUCACGGUCGCGAUGAAGUUUUUCUCGAUCCCAUGCUCGAGCUCAGUGCCAUCAGGAGCCGGAGCGUGGCCGGACAUCGUCCCGACGAGGAGAAUGGCGGUAGCGGAGGGACGCCCGCACCGGCUUUAUCACAGGGUAUCCCACCCGAGCUACCAAACUUGGCCGCAGAGAUAGUCUUCGUACUAGUCUGUAGUGCCGGUCAAUUCAUCUUUGCUCUGACUUACGGCCACGCGAAUAUUGUGCAAACGGCGCUGCGCGAUGCUCUAGGUCUACCUGCUACGCAGACGCCCUGGGUGUUAGGUUCUGCAUUGCUAGCUAACGGAUUGUCGGUCAUCGUCGCUGGAUCACUUGCCGACUUAGUAGCCCCGAGACCCCUGAUGGUGGGCGCCUUCUUAUGGAGUGCAUUGUGGCACGCCGUGGCCGCUGGUGCCAUAUCUCCUCGACUAAAGAUCUUGUUCUUUAUCUCUCGAGCUAUGCAGGGACUUUCAUUGGGAGUACUCGUAUCUGCGUCUAUGAGUAUUCUUGGUCGCAUCUACAAGCCUGGUGUUCGUAAGACGCGAGUCUUUUCGUUGAUGGCAGCUGGAGCUCCCUUGGGAUUUUGGCUAGGUUGUAUCCAUGGUGGCGCGUUGGCGGCGCACCUCCCGUGGCUAUUUGGAAGCACGACUAUAUUUCUGGUACUUUGCGCUGUCGCCGCGCAGAUGACAUUGCCAGAUCUAAGCCCUGCAAGGGAUAAUAACGACGUGGAUGCGCCUUCGCUUCGGCAGUUUGACUAUGUCGGCGCUGCGCUAUCAUCCGUAGGGUGCGCGCUGGUACUUUUUGGAUUGACACAAGGCUCUUCUGCCAAUUGGAAUCCGUAUACGUAUUCGCUCAUUAUCCUGGGCCUUUUGAUGUUUGUCCUGUUCGCUUUUGUUGAACGUUCCGUCAAGCGGCCUCUGGUCCCCAAUGGCCUAUGGAAAACCCCUGGUUUUGCUGCGCUCCUCCUCGCAUAUUUCCUCGGGUUUGGUGGUUUUACUGGCGCAUGGCAAUUCUACGCCGUCCAAUUCUGGCAGCGUUACCAAGGCGCGAGUCCGCUUACAGUAGCUCUUUACAUCCUUCCAAAUGGAAUCGUUGGUGUGCUGGCGGCCUUCAUUGUAUCCAAGACGCUUCAUGUCUUCCCAGGACACUGGAUCUUUACGGCAAGUAUGAUUUGUUUCGCCUUGGGACCGGCCUUCUUCCUGCCCCAGACGCCAUCCACACCGUAUUGGGUGCUUUCGCUGCCAGGUGUGGCGCUCGGGACAUUCGGCCCUGACAUGAGCUUUGCGGCGGCGGCCAUCUUCAUUACAUCCAGUGUCCCGAGAUCAUACCAGGGGUCGGCUGGGGCUUUGCUGGUAACAGUUCAAAACUUGACUGCGGCCAUCAUGACGUCGAUUUCCGACUCAAUUGGUAUAAAAGUAGAUCCGUUACCCUCGGGCGAAAUCGGACUUGAAGGACUUAAGGCCAUUUGGUGGUUUGGCCUCUCUUCUGCACUAAUGGGGGCUCUGAUUACAGUAACAUUUGUGCGAAUACCCAAGGCUGAGGAAAAGGAGCACGUACAAUAAAGACCUAAGGAAUAUGUAAGAUGGAUACAUGAGUUACGACAGGCGUUUGGAGAAAUAUAGGAAAUAUAGGCAGGUAGGAGAGACCUAAGGUAGGUGGGUGUAUUACCUUAGAUAUCCGU